AUGUCUAGCACCCAAGAUAAUACUAAUACAAACAUCGUUUCGCCGCAGAUCUCCGUCCCUCUCGGGGUUCGUCUCUCUCCCCAACUCAACACUAUAGCGCGCCUCGAAAAGCGCCGCAGCAAGCUCUAUGAAGUUCGCGACAGCUCCCGAAUUCAACUGCACCAAAACGAGAACGAGAUCUACUACGGGCUACGUUUUCAGUGUCCUGAGAUUAUGCCUCCCCUUGAGCUGUUCAUCCGGGCAGGGCUAAGGUGCUUCGAGGGCAUAGAUAUAGGAGGUGCGAUAAAUAGGAUGGAUCCGGAUGUGCGGUCUAGAUUUACUGAGUGCCUGGUGAAGCAUCGCACCUUGGCUAUGUUCAAGCUGAGAGUAGAUAAGAGAAUGGCAGAGGUGCAAAGUCUUUUAGAUGCGGCGAGGGCAGAAGCGGCAGAUAGUGAGCAGAGUGGGCAGCGAUAUCGUGAGGCUGAAUAUUGCAACUUGAGUUGA